AUGGUGUGUCUGCGGUUCCCUGGAGGCUCCUGGAUGGCCGCUCUGAAGGUGAUGCUGAUGGCACUGAGCCCUCUCCUGGCUCAGGCCAGGGACACUCCAUCGCAUUUCAUGCAGCAGCAGAAGGCCGAGUGUCAUUUCUCCAAAGGGACGGAGCGGGUCCGGUUCCUGUACAGAUACAUCUACAAUGGGCAGGAAUAUGCGCACUUCGACAGCGACGUGGGGGAGAACUGCGCGGUGACCGAGCUGGGGCGGCCCAUAGCUAAGGACUGGAACAGCCAGAAGGAUGAACUGGAGCGGAUGCGGGCCGGGGUGGACACGUUCUGCAGACACAACUACGGGGUGUCUGGAUUCCUGGUGCCUCGGCAAACUGAGCCCACAGUGACCGUGUAUCCUGCAAAGACCCAGCGCCUGCAGCACCACAAUCUCCUGGUCUGCUCCGUGAACGGCUUCUAUCCGGGCCACAUUGAGGUCCGCUGGCUGCGCAACGGCCAGGAAGAGGAGGCCGGGGUGGUGUCCACGGGCCUGAUCUGGAACGGGGACUGGACCUUCCAGACCCUGGUGAUGCUGGAGACAGUUCCCCGGAGCGGGGAGGUCUACACCUGCCAAGUGCGGCACCCCAGCAGCACCAGCCCUGUCACCGUGGAAUGGAGGGCCCAGUCUGGAUCCGCACAGAGCAAGGUGCUGAGUGGAGCCGGGGGCUUCGUGCUGGGGCUGCUCUUCCUCGGGGCGGGGCUGCUCAUCUACUUCAGGGCUCAGAAAGGACACUCUGGACUUCAGCCCACAGGACUCCUGAGCUGAGGUGAUCAUGGUGACAAGGGCAGCUGAGAACCUUCUGUCAGGCCCCUUAGCAGCCUGAAGAGGUUUCCUGCUGGGCUCUCACUCCACAAGGAGAGCCGCCUGGGGCUCUGGCUGGGUCCUGGCUCCUGACCGGCAGCAGCUCCUCCCUGCUGGUUCCUCCCCGUCCUGGACCUGGAGGCCCCAGUGUUGACUGCAGAACCUGAGCUCCAUCCCUCC